UAGGAAACCGGGCGCUCUUCACCCGCAAUGGAGUCGGUGGCAGCAGAAGUGGCGAGGGAGAACCCGGACGGGGCGGAGCAGCAGGGAAGCGGAACAUUAAGAUACCGGGGAGGCUCCAGCUCGCCCCUGGAUUGCGAGGUUGUUCCGCUUGAGCGGCCUUUCCUGGUGUGGCAGGGGCAACCGGCCGCCCGGGAAAUGCUGCUGGGCCUGCAGUACCUAUGUAGGCCAGGCUCUGGCCCUGGAGAGGAAGAUUUUGCCAAGACUAACCUUCCUGCACUGUCCAAAGCCUUUGAGUGCCGGAAGUGUGGGCUGACCGCAGCCUGCCUCCCCGACCUCAUUCACCACCAAACCAGCCACGCAGGUGACAAGCCUUACAGUUGUCCGGAGUGUGGCAAAAGCUUCCGACGUGGCUCAGAUCUGGUUAAGCACCACCGCGUACACACUGGUGAAAAGCCGUACCCUUGCCCCGAGUGUGGCCGUUGCUUCAGCCUUAGCUCCAACCUUAUCCAGCACCGUCGUUCCCACGCAGGCCUCCGGCCCCACAAGUGCCUGGAGUGUGGGGAGGCUUUUGGCCGCAGUUCAGACCUGGCAAAACACAAACGGGUGCACACAGGUGAAAAGCCGUACACCUGUGUUGAAUGUGGUAAGACUUUUAGCGUCAGCUCCAACCUGAUCCAACACCAGCGUACGCACACGGGGGAGAAGCCUUACCGCUGUGGGGACUGCGGUAAGAGCUUCAGCCUUAGCUCCAACCUGUUGCAGCACCAGCGUUCACACACCGGUGAGAAGCCCUACCGCUGUGCCUGGUGCGGUGACAGCUUUGGGCGCAGCUCCUAUUUGCUAAAGCACCAGCGUUCACACACUGGUGAGAAGCCCUACAAUUGCUGUGAGUGUGGCAAGAAUUUCACCAACAGCUCGGACUGCCUACGGCACCAGCGCACCCACAAUGGAGAACGGCCCUUCAGGUGUCCUGAAUGCGGCCAUGGCUUUAGUGAGCUCACUAAGUUCACUGAGCACCAGCGCAUCCACCUGGGUGAACGGCCCUAUGCCUGUUCAGAAUGUGGCAAAAGCUUCUACCAUAGCUCCAAGCUCCUUAAACACCAGCGCUUGCACACAGGUGAGAAGCCCUACAAGUGCUCUGAUUGUAGCAAGAGUUUUGUGGACAGUUCAAAUCUGCUGCGGCACCAGCACACUCACACAGGCCGGAAGCCUUAUGUUUGCAGUGAGUGUGGCAAGAGCUUCAGCCAGAGCUCCCACCUGCUUGUCCACCAGGUCGCCCACAGUGGGGAGAAGCCCUACAUCUGCCUGCAGUGUGGCAAGGCCUUUGCUCGAAGUUCCAACUUGGGCCAGCACCAGCGGACACACCAGGGUGGCAGUGUCUGCAAAUAUCCCAGGCUUCAGUUUUAGCCCAACUUUCAGCUCUGACUUUGGUUCAUUGUUCAAGGAGCCUGAAGGGACUAGGGUCUCUAAGCAGACCCGCUUUCUGCUCCCCUAGGGCUGUUGACUUGAGAGCUGAUGAUGGGAUUUGGAAGGGUCUCUACAUCUUUUGCCAGGCCUUCUGGGCUGAGUCAACCCCAAGCUGGAAGAAUCAGAACACUAGAGUUGUGAUCACUGUCUUCAGGGAGUCCUUCCAGAUAAGAGGGUUUAGGCCUAUUCUUUAAGGCUGCAAAGACAAAACUUUGGCCAGCUAGAGGGAGAGUUUGGGGAUGGUAGGGCUGUCUAGCAUUGACCUAGCUGCUUGCAGAUGUAGGACACCUCUGGCAAUUGCUGACCUGCUCUGUUCACAGGCCUAGGGACUGAUAGGAUUAAUCACACCAAGGGCAACAACUACCUCUUCCCAGAGGAAUGGGACCAGGAGCCAGGCAAGCCCCUGUGAGGAAUGCAAUGGCAGGGCGGUGGGAGGGGAUCCCCUAACCUAACUUCAAGAGAGGACCCUGCGAAAGACUGUUCUGGUAGAGGGACCAGAGAGUUUGAACUUGGGGCCAUUAUAUGAGCUCUGGGGUGUAUGACCCUUUUGAAAGACCUCUCACCAUGAUAACUAUCUUUACAGGUGAAGCAGGGUGGUAGGGCCCCAGAACAGACCUGUCUGUUGAGUUCAGAGGAUGCUUUGCAGCAUUUCUAGGCAGGGGCAAAAAGCUCAACAUUUAUACCUUCCCCUUCCUCAGCCCCUUCCCUCACAAGUGCCCCAGGCUCUUUCUCUGCUCCCCUGUCAAUAGAGAAAAAAUGGUGAAAAUUCACUUGUGCCUGGACAUUGGGGACUGAAUGUGGCCCUUUUGCCUGGGCAUUGCCCAAAGAAAUGUAUUUCUACUGGUAAAACUUAGUGUAUAUGCGAGUUGGGGGAGGCUACAUAAUCUGUGCUCAGAGCAGAGUCCAAACUGUGAGGCUCUUCCCUCCCCAUAGCUGCCGUGUUCCUGGGAGAGGCACAGACAUAAGCCCUUUUGAGGUUGGAGGAGGGAGCUGCUGGUGGGAUUUUCUUACCAUUAGCCCAGGCAUCUGGUUCCCUGCCUCCAAAUUUUGCCUUUUAUCAAGCUUGCCGCAUCAAGGACUGUGCCCACAGAGAGUAGGGGCUAAAGGGAAUUAAUAUGAAGUAACCCCACCCUCAGCUUUGAGCUCAGAGUGCUUGGGAUUGUCUCUUCCUGGCUGUGUGACCUUGGGCAGGUCUGUCUCAUCUGAGCCUGUUUCUUGGUCAGGGCUGGCUACCUCAUGAGGUUGUGGUGAAGACUCCAUGGGAACAUCAAUAUGAAGCACCUGGGUCAGAGAAGUGACUCAGUAAACCUCAGUUCCCUUCUUUCUAGACCCCUGUCAAGCACUAUGCCAGCUCAUGCACAAGUGUCUCCCUCAGAUUACAGAAAUGAGUGAGACAGCCCCAGCCCUGGGAUGGCUUGCUAGCCUCUGAAGGAUGUGGCCUGAGGACGAGUAACAACAGAGUGAAGGAUGCUGGGAGUGAAGAAGGGCCCUGCCUGGAGCAAAUCUGGGAGGCUUCAUGAGGUGACAUCUAAUGAACAGCACUUGUGUCCUCAAGCCAGAAGCAACAAAUGCCCCCGAACAGGAGGUCAGCGAUGAAGGAAAGGGGUUUUAACAUGUUCCUCAUCAAGGACAAAAGAGCACAAGCCAGGAUUUGAGUUGCAGGCCUGAGCCCAACAUUUACAUAGUAGGUGCUCAAUAAAUAACUGCAAAUACUAAUCAGGUCCUGUUUACGCUGCUUACUAGUGGUCUUUGGGCCUCAGUUUCCUCAAAGUUGCAUUGAAUGAGUGUCAAGUGUUGUAAACUUACUCUGCGAAAGUCUGUACCUGCAUACAGAUGUUAGGUAUGUGGUGGACAGGGGCAUGGGAGAAGAAUUUGUGUGCAAAAUCCCUUUCAGAGAUAAGCUAAUUUCUCACACUGAGGCAGGUAUUCCUGGGCCCCUUCUCUCAAAUUGCAGGAAACCGGCCUAACUGGAACAGGGAGUCAGACCACACCACAGAAGCAGGAGAGAUGGGCUUAAUGCAACAGCUAUCUAUCCAGAGCCCUGCAUUCACUGUGCCCUGAGCUGGGUUUAGAAGCAGCCUAACUGUCCAAGCAUGUGACCAUUGCUUAGGCCAGAGAUCAGAAACAGAUUUAUUUUGGCCCUCCCAGUAUGUGUGUGUGUUUAAACAAUUGAGCCAACAAUUAAAUCAGGAGAUUUCACAUCACAA